AUGUCGAGGAUUCCGUUAGGAGUAGCUGAUCCCCAGAAUGAGAUUGAGGAGUCGGAUGCUGUGGAAUUGAGUCAAAUCGAUACUCUACCCUUGACUGCUGCCGAGUUAGUUCAAGCUACGGCGGGGGAUCAGACGGUGCAAAAACUGAUACAAGGCAUCAAGCACGGCCAGCUGGUGGAAGCGAAGGAUCGUUUCGGAAUCGAACAGAACGAAUUCUCUUUACAAAAAGGAUGCUUGCUUCGAGGAAUUCGAGUGUACGUGCCUACAGUUCUCCGGAAACGUGUGCUGGAUGAAUUACAUUCUACUCACUUCGGUACAACCCGUACGAAGUCGCUGGCAAGAGGCUAUUGCUGGUGGCCUGGUUUGGAUCGGGAGAUCGAAGAAUUGAUUGCGAACUGCGCUGACUGCCAGUCAGUACGUGCGGAACCUACGAAGAUGAACCUUUAUUGCUGGGAAUCACCAAGUGAACCGUUUCAAAGGGUCCAUGUUGACUUUGCAGGUCCUUUCAUGGAUACCUACUUCUUCAUCUACGUGGAUGCGUUCAGUAAGUGGCCGGAGAUCAAAGAGUGCAGAUCCAUUACGGCCGAAUGCACCGUAAACAUGUGUCGCAAGAUCUUCAGUACGUUUGGCAUGCCGUCAGUCCUGGUGAGCGACCAUGGCGUCCAGUUUAGGAAGUUUUCCAGCGAUUCCUGA